AUGUUGCUUAACUCGUUGUUACUGCUCACCUCGUUGUUACGCCCGAUUGCAGGCUGUGAAGACCAUGACUGGACGUCCCCUGUGCUUGGAGGCUAUGUCGAUCAUAGUAUGAUGAGAAGACAUGACCUGUCAAAACGAAUCCAACCAACGGCACUGAAGACGCCCGCGCAGCAGAUCAAAGACUUGCACUGGGGUCAGAUCAACUUUCUCCAUACCACCGAUACUCACGGCUGGCUGGCGGGUCAUUUGCUGGAUGAGAACUACAGUGCCGACUAUGGGGACUUUGCCGACUUUGUUCAGAAGAUGAAGGCCAAAGCUGACCGCCUUGGAGUUGACCUGCUUCUCAUCGAUUCCGGCGACUUGCACGACGGGACCGGGUUUGGAGAUAUCACGAAGCCGAACGGGAAACUGACUGUUCCCAUCUUCCAAAGGUUGCCGUACGACCUUUUGUCAAUUGGCAAUCACGAACUCUACACCACUCCCAUCGCAAAUGACACGUACCACAAUUUCGCGCCGCACUGGGGUGGACGUUAUCUUACUUCGAAUGUCGAAUUCAACGAUACGGGUGUGCUCAAGCCCUUCUCACAGCGUUACGCGUACUGGGAAACCAAACAGGGAAUCCGCAUCAUGUCUUUCGCCUUCAUUUUCAACUUCACUGGAAACAGCAACGCCACCGUCGUGACGCCUGUCGGCACCGCAGUCAAACAGUCCUGGUUCCAAGAGCAAGUCAAGCGCACCGACAUUGACAUGUUUCUCGUGGCAGGACAUAUAACUCUCCGCGGCUCAACCGAAUGGAACUUGAUUUACUCGGCAAUCCGCGAACAUCAUCCCACGAUCCCCAUCUCCAUCUUCGGGGGCCACCGCCAUGUCCGUGACUCGGUCAUCUUCGACGCCAAUGCCGUGGGAAUAGCCUCAGGCCGCUACUGUGAGACGGUCGGUUGGCUUAGCAUCGACGGCCUACCGUCAUCUGUCACGAGGGCGAAGUCACCUCAGGGCAACAACGCCACCAAGAUCACAGCCAAACCCAGCGCGAUCCCCGGCGUCACACCGAACAAUCAAUCCGACUUGUCCUACACUCGCCAGUACCUCGACUUUAACCGCUUCUCGUUCGAACACCACACCGGCACGACCGAGGCGACGUUCAAUACCAGCCUCGGAACCAACAUCACCGAAAAGAUCACCAGCGACAUCGACAGUCUACCCAGCCUGACCACCAAACUCGGCUGCGUCCCGGACAGUUACUACCUGUCCCGCUACCCGAUCACGUCCAACCAGUCGCUGUUCAACUACCUGACCACGGUCGUGUUCCCCAAGGUGGUCGUGGACCCGAAGCGCACCAACAUGAGCCGCAUCGUCCUCACCAACACCGGAGGGUUCCGCUACGACCUCCUCAAGGGACCUUUUACGAUCGACAACGCCUACCAGACGAACCCUUACCAGAAUUAUUGGUUGCGAAUGACGGCCCCGUGGUCCGUGGCCAAGAACUUGUUGGCGAACAUGCAGACCGACAAGGUCUACAAGAAGCGGGGUGAGCCUGCGACCGCCAACGGAACCACGAUCGUCAAGACCGAAGGGUACGUCACCCACGACGACUUUGGGUCCGACGGCGACAACGUCGUCCACAUCGACCAGGGCUCGGCAGAGACGCCUCACUAUGUCCAGGCCAACGUCUCGGUCGAUGGCAUCGGCGACGACACGCUGGUCGACGUGUACGGGACGAGUUUCUUCACCCCCGCGGCCGGCAAGUACCUCACCGGCAACACGAGUGACUGGGUGAGUGCGGAUGGAAACUUUAGUAGUUUCGACACGUUGCCUAGAAUGGCGCAGCAAUUUUGGUCAAAGGAUUGUUGA